GAUGUGCGUGUCCAUUUUGAAACACUUGACAAGAGAAGAGAAGAUGGCGUUAUCUGAACCAAGUCCUGGCCUUAAGACUAUAUAUAGCUACUAUGUCAAAUUGGCUCGGAACAUCCCUCGAGGGUCUCACCAAGACUCGGAGAAACUAAUCAGAGGAGAGGAGAGCCCUUACAUGCUGCCAGGAGGAACAUUUGUCGGACUCCUUUUCCAAAACACCUGUGUUCUGAGCAGUCUAUUGGCCGGAAUACAUAUAACAGCAACAAGAUUUAGCAAAAUCAAAGAUUAUUUCAUGACAGACAACACAGUCGGUGCAGUCAUAACCUUUCUCGAUAACAAAAUGUAUAAUGAGGCGAUGGGUCUUUGGCUUAUUAAUUUAGAUUUGCGUGUUGGAAGAAAACUAUACUUUUCCCAAAACGAAGGUCUAGAUUGUAGAGGCUAUGUCGAAGACUUCCUACCAAAUUUCGAUGACCUGACAAUUGUCAAAUAUGAAGACGACAACAACGAUUACGAUAUGAGCCCCUCAGCUUGCAUUUACAAUGGAACACUGAGCAAUUUUAAGAUAUAUGGUCACGUUUACAUCCUGGACACCGUAAUUGACCCUAAACUCAUCCUGGUGAAUAUGCUUGGCCGAAUGGGAAACGGAUGUAUUCCUCCUUAUGUCAUCACGGAUGAUUUUUCAAGGAAGUACGAGCUUCAGUUCCUUUUGCUGGGUUUAAUCACAGCAGAGAUCAAACACAUGGUGCUGUGUGUUAAACAAGAAGGAGGGCGAUGGAUGCUGUACGAUAACUCAGGAACGCCCCAAUUCCAGGACUUCAACAUGGAGAUAGAAAGGAAGAAAUACGUUGUUUACCUCGCUGCCUACGUGAAUGUGAACAGUGCAUAUCCAGAGAAACAAGUGCAAGAAUCAGAGCAAGUAAAUGACCUCGUCCUGCCAGUGGUUGCAACAGUCAACACCCGCCGAUCAACAUCCCUAUCCCCAUUCAGAUUGCCAGUGGAAGAAACAACCAUCUCCACCCUGCCGACCUGUCAGCAGCAACGAGAGGAUGCUUCCCCCUAAGGUCUGUUCCUAACUAUAGUGUGACUGCAGUUUUUUUUUGCUUUCCACUGUCAUCAUAGGCUUGUUUUAAGGGGGAUUUGGCAUUAGACUGAAAUAUUUAAUAAAAAUAUGUUUGCCAUCGCAAAAAAAAACGAGUGUUGGGAGGGAAGAAAUUGAUAAGCUCUUGCCAAGCACAAUUAGGAUACUAGCUGAGAUUCAGCAUCACGGAGAGCAAUUUUACAUUCAAAGCCACAGGGCAUUUCUAUCACUCUUAGGCUUUCGUUUCAUUGUAGACUAGGCUGCAGGGAUGAUAGCAACACAGCUAACUUACACACAAACAUGUAGCCUGUACGAGAUGUAAACAUACCACUUUCCCGCCACAGGUGAAUCAACAGUUAAUGUGUGGUAGGGAUCAGAGACCCUUUCCUUUGUGCAACUUGACUGCAUUCCUACCAAGUUAUGUUUUUCUUUUUUUUAAUGAAAUAAUUUCUCAUGUAGUCUACUAUGUAGUCUACUACUGCUUAUGAGUGACAAAUUAUGGAAGACCGACCCGAUUUAACAAAAUAUGUGUUGUCAUAAAUGACUUGUAAAUGUCUGUUUUAUCUUUCUGUGUCUCCCCUGUGGAAGUGGAAAACGCAGAGGAAUGUGGCUGAGGGCACCCUGGCCUGAAUACACCCAGACAUUCAUUGCCUGAGCCCACUUGGUUGUGCUGCUGACCAAGUCCACCUGGUUGUGCUGCCUCCACUGGACCGACCUGCCUCCUUUAGCCGCUACACCAACAAAUGUCUAUUUCUUUACCUACCGUGUCUUUGUUAAAAGCUAUCAGACCGACCACGGGGUCUUGAACUAUUGAACAUCUCUAUCUGGUACAGCCAGAAGAGGACUGGCAACCCCUCUCAGCCUGGUUCCUCUCUAGGUUUCUUCCUUUUAGGGAGUUUUUCCUAGCCACUGUGCUCUUGCUUAAGCUUUUCUGUUUGGGGUCUGACAAUUGCAGAUGUAAAAACUGCUUUAUAAAUAAAUUUGAUUGAUUGAUCAACAA